GCAAGGAUCAGAAGGAAGAAGACAGCACAUCAGCAAGUCAGGCCCCUCGGAAACAGGAUAAAGCAACACAAUCAAAGGACUACAUGAACAUGGAAGAUGCACCAAGAUGUACAGAUGAGGAGGUGGAGGUGGUACAAGAAGAGCCAGAGGACUGUGAACAGAAUGAGCAGAAUGGAAGUCUGGAGAUUUCACAGCUGCAGGGUCUGGUGGUGGAGCUGCGCGAGGGCCUGCAUGCUGCCCUGACUGAGCUGUGUGAACUGCGUCAGAGGGACCACAGCCUGGAGGAGCAACUUCAGGCUCAUCAGACUGACAUGGAUGAUAAGAUAAUGAGCCUGAAGAACUCCCUCAACACGUUCAAGGAGGAGCUCACUACAACUUUGUUCCACAAAGAAAUGUCCAGCAGACAAAGGGAGAUUCACAGGAGAAUUGAACUACUAAAUUUAGAAAACCCAAAAGAUGUCAUUUCUACAUCGCAGAGCCGUAAGAGCUCAAAGGCAGAUGUUCUGGCAGCAUCAGGGGAAGACCACAUCUGUGGGCCCAGCCAAUCAGAGCUCAGCGUCAUUCAACACUAUCUCUCCUGUCUUCCACAUAACGCAUCCCCACAAAGAAGCAACACCUCCACACACACGUCUACAUCUGAGCCAGAAACCCAACAGCAAAGAGCUCACGUAUGGGGAGAGAGAAAGAACAGCAGGGAUGAGGUGGACACCACAAACAGGAACAACAAGAGGCAGAGAGCAGCCCUGGAGCUACUGGAGUCAGAGAGAGUGUAUGUCUCUCACCUGUCUCUGUUACUCAAGGCCAACAUCUCCUUCAAUGGAUCAGACGCACUCACCACAAAGGACAAACGUUCUUUCCCCAGCUCUCUGCGGUUUCUCAUCCAGCAGCACCUGGAGCUCUUACACACUUUACAGGAGCGAGUGCUCAAAUGCCAGUGGCAAGGCAUCAUGGGAGAUGUUUUUAUGAGGCUCACAAGCAAAGAGAGUGAUUUCUUGGAUUUCUAUGUUUCGUACCUGAAAGAGCUCCCUGAAUGUCUCUCAGUCAUCAGUAUGGUGACCUCUGGGUCGAUCAAAUCUUCUUUGCUAGAGAGUGACAUACUGGGGGAUGAGUCUAAGCCAUCCCUCUACUCAUUGCUCCUACAGCCAGUGCAAAGGAUCCCUGAGUACCUCCUCCUGUUGCAGGGGUUGUUGAGGCAGACAGAGGCAGAGCACCCAGACUAUUUCCUGCUGCUUGUGUCCAUUCAACAGUUCAGAUCUUUUACUGCUCAGUAUCACCACCUGCUCCAGCACAACCAGGAACUACUACUGCACAACCGCAAGGAAAUCAAGAGAACUUCUAUGAAACAAUUGCUAAAGACAGUGAAAAGUAUACAGACUAACAUUAUAGGUUCACCCUAUCCAGCCAGUAGUGCCAUGCUGGAGCAUACUAAGCGCAAUAAGCAGCGCCUCCUGGAGCAGAUGCAGUCCCAUCGUUUCCAAGAUUGGGAGCACGAUGAACGUUAUGUGCCAGAGUGGACCUCACAGGGGCCUUAUUUCAACACGGACAUGGACCCAAGAAACCACAAAUCACCAGGUCUGGGCAGUAUCCCGGAGAGUGAAGUGUCGUGCCAGCACCGUGGGACCCCUCACCCGGGCCCCCCCAGCACAGCUAUGCCCGAUGCCCUGGGGGAGUACCUGUUACCCCCUGACCCGCCCGGAAUGGAGAGUCUCUAUGAGGAGGAGAGAAGCUCACUGCACGAUGUGUCCAUGUUUGACCGCUGCUCCUCUGCAUCCUCAGACUCUUCUAUUGAUAUCGCCUUUGUCAAGUGCCCCAAAGCCCCUUCGAGUGCCCACUGCGCUGUGCCAGUGAAUGUGCUGUCUCCACGUGACCUCUACGGCAAUGGAGUCAGCCCAGGAAACUAUAGCAAACUACUCAACAGAGGCUGUGUCUCUCCAGAUGAAGCCAUUAUGAUGCGCCGCAAUCAACCACGCCCCCUGCAGGCCAGCCAGAGGAAGAGCAAGUCUCUAAAUGGCCUACAGUUGGAGAACACUGUAAGCGGACUGGACAAUGGUCAUCUGUCGGACAACCUCCAGAGGGGGGGACUGGGGAGCCAUGCCAAACUAGAACGUCAGGGCAGCAAAGGCAGCAAAGGGUGUCCCACUCCAUCGCGCAAGAUCCAAAACCCAGCAGUGAAUAAAAUAGACCCUGACAAACAGACUGACGAUGUGCACGGGCUGGUCAGCAUUGACUCUGCUCUUCAGACUUGGGGUGAAGAGUUAAAGUGGAGAGGAGAUGAGGGAAAUUCUUUUAGUGAGAGAAAUCGUAAACAGGAGAAAGGAGGAUUCAGGAGCUCAUUCAAGAAACUCUUCAAGAAGAAAAACAGUGAUGAGAAGAAAGAGAAAGGAGGUGAUAAGACCCCUGACAGUCAAAAUGGGGAGCAUGAGAAGCCCACAAAACUGGUGCACCUGGAGAUCACCCGUGGGACAGCAGUGUAAUGAUGACUGACUAAAUACAUAUUGUGCUGUGUAAAUCCUUUUUGUAUUACUUAAUAUUACCAAACUGUAUAUGGAUCCUAAAAGUAUUAGUACAAGGAUGCAAUUUUUUAUUUAGACCUCAUUAUUUUAAGCAGUAUAUCAGAAAGCUAAACAUUUAGUUGUUUAUUUCCUAGU